AUGAACAGCCUUCUCAUGGAGACGAUGGUAAAGCCUCUGAAACGGUACCCGACACUCGGCGCGACCGUCGGCACCGGCGUGCUCUGCGCCUUCACGUACUGGUGGUACGCCACGUCCAUCCGCAGCACUCUUCUCGCAACGCAGCGCAGUUGCCAGCAGAUGUCCGAUAGGGCCUUUCACGAGUGCCGGGAGAUGCUCAAGGCUGGCGAGCGCAGCUGGGGUGGCGACAUCCGCUCCCGUGACGCGCAGGUGCGGCGUCUUGAGCUGCAAAAUGUAGAGCAGACGCGCAGUGUGGCGCGGCUGGAGUCGGCCAUGAAGAUGUGUCUCAUCCAGAACAUGUAG